GACCUGCUGGUCCGCAUGACCCUGCGGGAGAAGGCGGCGCAGAUGGCCCAGAUCGAGCGCACGGUCGCGUCGGCGCGCGCCCUCGCGGAGCUCGGCGCGGGAAGCGUCCUCAACGGCGGCGGCAGCGCGCCCGGCAACCGCUCACCCGCGUGCUGGACCGGCAUGAUCGACGGCAUGCAGCGCCUCGCGCUCUUCUCCCGCCUCGGCGUCCCCAUCCUCUACGGCACCGACGCCGUCCACGGCCACAACAACGUCUACGGCGCUACCGUCUUUCCCCACAAUGUCGGCCUCGGCGCCGCCAGGGAUCCGGAGCUCCUGCGUAAGAUCGGCGAGGCGACGGCGCUGGAGGUCCGCGCCACCGGCAUCCACUGGACAUUCGCACCCUGCGUCGCUGUCUGCCGGGAUCCGAGGUGGGGAAGAUGCUACGAGAGCUACAGCGAGGACCCGGAGAUGGUGCGCUCGUUGACCACCAGUGUUACCGGCCUGCAGGGGCAGCCACCAGCCGACCACCCUCAUGGCUACCCGUUCCUGGCUUCCAUUAGGGAGAAGGUACUUGCUUGUGCCAAACAUUUCGUAGGAGAUGGUGGCACAGACAGUGGAAUCAAUGAGGGGAACACCAUCUGCUCCUACAAUGAUUUAGAAAACAUCCAUAUGGCACCUUACCUUGACUGCAUAGCACAAGGGGUGGCAACGGUGAUGGCGUCCCACUCCAAGUGGAACGGGGAGCGAUUGCAUUCGUGCCGUUAUUUGCUGACAGAUGUUCUCAAGGGCAAGUUAGGCUUCAAGGGUUUUGUGAUUUCAGAUUGGGAGGGCAUUGACAAGCUCUGUGAGCCUCGAGUUGCUCAAGGGUCCGAUUAUCGGUAUUGCAUUAAGCAGUCGGUUAAUGCUGGAAUGGACAUGAUUAUGAUACCUUACAGAUUUGAGGAGUUUCUGGAGAAUCUAGUGUUCUUGGUGGAGACAGGGGAGAUACCUAUGUCUCGGAUUGAUGACGCAGUCGAGCGGAUUCUGAGGGUCAAGUUCAUUUCUGGAGUGUUUGAGCAUCCAUUUUCAGACCCGUCUCUGCUGGACAUGGUUGGUUGUAAGGAACAUCGGUUGUUGGCGCGUGAGGCUGUUCGCAAGUCUAUGGUACUUCUAAAAAAUGGCAAAAAUCAGAAGGAACCAUUCCUUCCAUUGGCCACAAAUGUAAAAAGGAUACUGGUUACCGGAACACAUGCAGACGAUAUUGGACUUCAGUGUGGUGGAUGGACAAUAGGAUGGAAUGGAGAAAGUGGAAAAAUAACUCCUGGAACAAGCAUACUGGAGGCCAUAAAAGAAUCAGUGGGAGUGCAAACUGAGGUUGUGUAUGAGGCAUGUGCAACAGAAGCUACAAUUGCAACUGGGCAGUUUUCCUACGCUGUUGUUGUGGUUGGAGAGGUUCCAUACGCUGAAACUGUAGGAGACAGAACUGACCUUAGUAUUCCGUUUAAUGGGUCUGACCUUAUCACCCAUGUUGCAAGUAGAAUCCCUACCCUGGUGAUUGUUGUAUCUGGAAGGCCCUUGGAUAUUGAAACACAAGUUCUGGCGACGAUUGAUGCUCUAGUUGCUGCCUGGCUACCUGGAACAGAGGGCAUGGGGAUUGCCGAUUGCCUAUUUGGACAUCAUGAUUUUGUUGGCACGUUGCCUGUGACGUGGCAUAGGUCCGUUGAUCAGUUGCCUCUAAAUGCUGGAGAUGCUAACUAUGACCCUUUAUUCCCUGUUGGUUAUGGGUUGAAAAUGUUUGAAAAAUGAAGACAAUUCAACAUAACCAGGUCACUGGUUUUGCUAUACAUUUGCAUCACUGUGAUAGUUUUCAAAUAGUAAUCUCUGUAUCCAUUGACAGUUGGAAACUCUUUUGAGAAAUAAU